GGGAGUAGUCAAGCGAAGGGUAAGCAUACUAAGCAAUCAAUCAAGCAAGCAAGCAAUCAAUCAAGGCAGCAAGAUCUAGAAUGAACUAGUAUCUCCAGUGGGGUGGAUUAUAUGACUUCAAUGUCAAUUUGAUGACUCGAUCUCGAUCUCUCGGUCGGUGUCUUGCUGAUGCGCGGUGUUGGUGGGAUAUGUCAGAUGACUAUUUGCGAUUUGCUGAGGAAGGACGAGGAUGCGACCGCUCGGGGGCGGGGCGAGUGCUACCUCGCGGAGUGGGUGGGGAAGUCGACGCGCGCUCGAGCCUUGACAGAUUAUCAGCGGAGCCUGCGGAUUGGCUGCAUUCAGGGGGACUGGGCUGUGAUCAGCCGCGCGCUGGAAGGUCGGCAAUCGUUGAGCUGGUGCGGGCUAAUUAGUUGCCCGGGCGCGAGAUGGACAUGGGCGUACGAGGACGAUGGGCUGCAGCUUCCGCUGCAUUACCUCGCGGGGGGUCGGGAGACGUCACGGAAGGCGGCGCGCCUCGCGCCCAUGUCUUCCUUCAUCUCGCGGGUUCUGAACGGGGGCGGAAACGCGCUGUCCGAUGCGCGCCGAGCCGAGGUGUUCCGUCUGAUCUCUUAUCGGUGCAGCAGCGCCUGCAGGGGUGCGUCGCACAACGCGGGGGAAGAAGACCAGCGGCAGCGGCGGCGGCGGCCGCCAAAGGAGGAGCAGCAGCAGCAGCAGGAGGAGGAGGAGGAGGAGGAGGAGGAGGACGGGGAGGGAGGGCGGAAAGACGACCAUGACGAGGAGCAGAAGGAGGCCGAGGACGGGGAUCGCCUCUUCGACGAGGUUGACUUCAACGUUUACAACCACGAUCUGGAAACACCAUUCCACGUCGCGAUCCGGACGAGGUCGCUCACGGUUGUGACCGCGUUGCUGGAGAUCUGGGACCGACUGAACCAUCAUCAACCUCGUGAUCAACGCGGCAGCAGCGCCGGCGGGGCGGAGGCCGUCGGGGGGAAGGCCGCGGAGGGGGAGGGUGGUAGUGUUAACGGAGUCCCGCUUGGCUGUGCGCUUGGAGUGGGUUACUCCUUCUUGGCUGCGCCUGAUGGCAACGGAGUGACGCCUCUGCAACGCGCUGUACGGCUGCAGCAGAACUCCACAGUGCGGGAACUAAUCAAGCGGGGUAUCCUUUCUCGGGAUCCCGAUUUCGCCGCGAUUCUGUCUCGUCUCGGCAGUUUCCUGACGGUUGCGAUCGCCGCCAGGCAGGACGAUGGCGGUGACGCCAACGGUAAUAGCAACAGUAAUAGUGGUAAUACCUGUGCCUCUCCGGGCAGUCUCUCUCCUCUCUACCCUCCUCGCAGCCCUCUUCCUCAGUUCUUGGCUGCCAUCGUCCCUCCCUCGGUACAUCAAGCCGUUCGUUCCGCUGUGACUUGGAUGCGCUAUGGCCGUUACGACAAGAGGCUGCAAGGCGUCCUGGAGUCGAAGAUUGCCGAGCAAAUGGAACUCGAAGGGCUGAUGCCCCCGCCUCGACGUUGUGCUGACGACAACGGCAUCGUUGUACUAGGGGAUAUCGCCGACAUCAAGGCCCAUCGGUCCAACUUAAUCCGACGGGUUGCUACCCAGACCGGUCUGAACGAGAUCGCAGCGAGCUCUCUCUUAGAUCUCUAUCACGGCGACGAUAACCGGCUACUCAAUGCUUGGGCGGCCGACAAGCAAUCGCUGUUGCGAAUCGUGGGGAAGUCGUCGGGCGUGUGCGCCAACGCGGAAGGCGGCGGAGUCGGCGGAGUCGGCGGAGGCGGAGGGGCCGGGGAGAAAGUACAGGAUCGGCAAUCCCGGGGCGACGGGGGGACGAUUAUUACCUUUCUAGGUAAGAAAGAAGUGGAUAGAGAAGACGGCGGCGGUCGCAACGCGGCUGCUGCCGACUUGCGCGUGCGCGGCCGUUUUGUGCAGGACCUAGGAAAUACCUCGAUGGGAGGAGCAGCAGCAGCAGCAGCAGCAGGAGAAGGAGGAGGAGGAGGAGGAGGACGAUUGUUGUCGAUGGCAGCUGGGAAUCUAAGGCCGGCGACUAGUGCCCGCGUUGCUAUAGAGGAUCAAGGAGGUAGAGAGAAAGGGAUCAUAGAAGGAGAAAGAGGAGGAGGAGGACUGUUCUCGAUGGCAGCUGGGAAUCUCAGGCCGGCGACUAGUGCCCGCGUUGCCGUAGAGGAUAAGGGAGCAAGAAGAGAGCAAGGCGGAGAAGGAGGCGGUGGACGAGAAGCCGGCGAGAGCAGUUCGAGUACAAAGUGUAUUGUGUGUUUCGAAGACAUUCGUCAAUCUGUUCGGCAAGGUCUGCAGAUGGAGUGCGGCCACGUGACUUGCGGGGAUUGUCUCCACGAGUACAUCACUGUGCUGAUAACCGAUGGGGCGGUCAAGGGAAUUCGGUGUCCAGAACCCCUUUGCCGACGGCUUUUGUCAGAAGCCGACGUAGCGAAAGUCGUUGAUGAAGAGACCUUCAAACGAUACCAAGAAUUGUUGGCGCUCAAGUUCGUGGACACGGCUAGAACGGUGAGGUGGUGCCCAAGGCCGGGGUGCGGUAAAGCAGUGUAUUUACAAAAUGAGUAUGAUGUGUUGGAUAUGCUUGGACGCUGUAUGAGAAUGAAACGUGCACUGAAUGUGGAGUGCGAAUGUGGUCAUGCCUUCUGCUGGUACUGCCACGAGCCAGCGCAUGAGCCCGCCACAUGUUACCAGGUGGAAGAAUGGACUAGACUGCAUGAAGCACUCAGGAACAGGGAAGAGAUAGAAGCUGCUAAUUGGAUAUUGAAAAAUGCACAGACUUGCCCAAAUUGCGAAGCAGUCAUCCAGCGAGACAAAGGCUGCAAUCAUAUGACCUGUACCCUUUGUCAACAUCAAUUCUGCUGGGUCUGCCUUCGGCCUUGGAGUGAACAUGGGGAAAAGACAGGUGGCUAUUUCAAGUGUACGAAAUAUGAAGCACAGAAGACUUUGGAGGAGCAGAAGAAAGCCAUGGCACGAGAGGGAACAAUCCAGCUCUCUAGAACUCCGAAUAAACGGCUGGAGCAUCAUUUCAACAAAUUUAUGGCGUUGGACAACGGCGAAAAGUGGCAGGCUCUUCAACAGCUAAUGGAUAGAAUUGUCUCAUCGAUAAAGUCCUCGUUAGAGGACCCAGGCGAUCUAGGGUUCUUGAACGACGCCAUGCGACAGAUCCGAGUGUCGCGCGAUGCAUUCCGGUACUCCCACGUGUUCAGCUACUACCUUAAGCACGGUCAGCGCAAGCGAUACUUCGAUUUUCUACAGGAAGCUGUGGAGAGGACCUUGGAUGCGUUAGUCGCUGCAUUGACAAGUGGAUAUAUUUCCUCCCUUAGCGACAAUGUGGCUGCUCCGAGUCCGAGUCCAAGCUCGAGCUCCUCCUCGUCCUCGUCCUCCUCCUCCUCCUCCUCCUCCUCCUCCUCCUCCUCCUCGUCGACGCCGUCGUUCUCCCCAUGUCUCAGUUCACCAUCACCUCUGUCGGUGACAUGGAUCCGAUCUGCCAGCUUUGCCGAGAGCAUGCUGCGCCCCAGCUCUCUACAGGACCCCAUUCACAUUCUAUAUUUGGGGCAUGCACUCUACAAGGAGCAGGGAAGAGUGAAAGAAGCGACAGAGAUGCUAAAGCGCCACACAAGGGCCAUGCUGAUCAGCGUUCGAAGUGGUACUAUUCCCGCCGGUGAAGAAAAUCCAAUCAGCAGCUAUGUGUUCAAGAAGCGGUCUGCCGAGGGAAGCACCAUAGAUGCUGCCCAAGGAGGAGGUGUCAGCGUCACCACGUGCCAUAGCUGCACUGACGACAUUUGUGUCCCCACUGCAGUAAGUGGUCCAAAGUGUGGCGGCAGCGCCGGAAGCAAUAGUAGCCAUCAUAGCUCAAGCACACCGCAGGGCGGAAGAGGUCUUUCCUUGAAGGAGAUGGAUAACAUGAGAGUUUCGCUGUCGGAACUGGCGGCCAAUGCUGCCGAGCAAGCCUUAAGUGCUGCUGAGCAAGCUAUGAGCGCUGCAGAGUCGCUCGGUGAGUACCUCACGAGAAUGAUGCCCUCUGUGCAAGGCCAUUCUUCUUCUUCAACGACAUCGUAGAUAAAGCACACCGCAGGGCGGAAGUGGUCUUUCCUUCCAGGAGAUGGAUAAACAUGAGAGUUUCGC